GGUAAAGAUGCGAAUUCACACUGCGACUUGUACAUCAGUGAGCGGAUACAUGAGCAGGCAGGCUGCCCUCACAGCCUGUCUGAGCUGCUUCAUGUGAUAUGACCGUUUUCACUCCACCAGGUAAUGACUGUGUCUGCAGGCCUCAUCGCAGCAUGGUAACAUCUGUUCACACUCCAGUAUCUUCAGUGGGCAGACAGUGAGGACCAGUCGCCACAAUGCGAUGUGUGUAAGGGACCAGUGGCAGAGUAGUGGCCCCAGGCGGGAUGCUGCUGACAGCCGGUCAGUAUGACUUUGCUGGACUUGUGGCUGUCGCGCUCCAUCCCCAUGUGCCUGCUCCUUCAGAGCCUUGUCCUCAUGGCCCUGUGCUUCCCCUCGGCCAGCAUGUGUCCAAAGGGCUGUAUCUGCCACCGCGACCCUCACCUCCACGGUCUCAACGUUACAUGCAGUCAGUCCCGCCUCAAAGAGAUCCCCCCCAGCCUCCCGGUCGACACUGUCCUGCUGAGGCUAGACCACAACCAGAUUGGCGCUGUGCCCGAUCAAGCCUUCCACGGACUCAGACUUCUGAGGGAGCUCAACCUUUCAUACAACGCGGUGGAAACUUUAGGGGAAGGUGCGUUCAGUGGCAUAGAGGCGACAUUACAGGUGCUGGACCUCUCCCACAACCGCAUCACUAGCGUACACAAGGAUGCCUUUGCUCGGCUCAAGGCCCGCGUCAUUGUGGACGAUAACCCCUGGCAUUGUGACUGCGCCCUCCAGCAGGCCAUCGGUGGAAUGGCCCACAACCACGAGGCCGCCGCCCGGGUCCUCUGCAGGAGCUCGGAGCUUCGUGAUCAGGAGGGCCGACCUUUCUUGGCGGUGGACACUGACCUCUGUAACCUGGCCAAAAGGACCACAGACUACGCUAUGCUGGUGACCAUGUUCGGUUGGUUCGCCAUGGUCAUUUCAUAUGUGGUGUAUUAUGUCCGUCAGAACCAGGAGGACGCCCGACGCCACCUGGAGUAUCUCAAGUCUCUCCCCAGUAAGCCCAAGAAACCUGACGAGGCUGAUGACAUCAGCACUGUUGUCUGACAGCAGUGUCAAAGCGACUGUGUCCCACACAAAUCUAAUGAACACCAAAAUGUUUAUUGUAACAGGACCCCCAUUUAUAGUGUUUACUAUUUGAAACUUUUAGGUGAUGUGAGCAUCAGAUCUGCUGAGAAAUCUUUGUAUUUUGGAAAUUCUGUUGUAUGUCCGUACCAGGGUUUGUUCAUGACUGAUCCGAGAUGAGAUGACACGUGAAGGGAGGCCACAGAGUCUAAUAGUCUAACACCAACAUUAUCUUUUCUACAAAAACAAAAAAAAAUGCAUACGGAGCUUUGAAAAUUUGAAACUCAGGUUAAAAUAUUGAUAUGAUAAUGGCUUUUUGUAGAUGAAAUUUGGAAUAUCUGAUAAAAAGAAAUAUAUUUGUAAGACCUGACACCCUAAACUUCAUUUGCCAGAGCCUUCAUUUUGGUAUCUAAAAGCCCACCAUAAAAUACUCAUUGAGUUUUGCAAACACCUGCUAAACCAACUGCAUCUUUUAUACCCCUUAAAAUUAAAUACAAAUUAAAAUAUUUAUAUUGACAGUUCUGCACAGAAAUGUUAGCAUUUCUGAAGCCAAGGCCGGCUCAUUGAAAUUAUUUGAUCUGCAUGUUGUGUAAUAUUUUAGACCAUUAAAACCUUGGACAUGGGGUAUUCAGAUGUGAGGUAGUCUCAUUUCCCUGAUUGCCUUGAGCUGUGGUAGCCUGUUUUGUAUAGACAAAUCAAAAUGAAGGCAAAUAUAAUAGAGGUAGUAGGCAGUCACUGAAACACUGAGUGAACCAUGUCGCAGCUACAGAGAAUACUGGAUUGUAUGGAAGCCCAUUUCUACCAAGAAAAGACAUGAAUGAAAGGUCUGGAAUGAUUAACAUUAAAAAUACUCACUCAAAAUUAUGAAAUAUGAACUUAAAAUUUGGACUUGGGUGAAAAUGUUGAGUUACUAAAUCAGAAGAGUUAUAAGAUCAUAACUCAGAAGUAUCAUCUAUUAAAUCAUUUUGAAAACUUUACUUUUGAAGUCAAAAUUAAGAGAAAGUAGAUUAAAGUUUGACCGAGCUUUUUAGCUUUUCCUGCUACGUCACUAUUAUAAGUCAAGUUAAAAGUUUAGAAGCAGGGUUCUGAUUUGUCUUGUUACUGAGGCAGAUAUUGAGGUAGAAACAACACAUUAUGUGCUCAACUAUCAACAAAAUGGCCAGGCGCUGGUUUCAGUUAAGUUAAGAUUUUCCUUAAAGUCUGAGUUAAGGUUAAUUUAAGCUAAAAUCAGUUGCACAAAACACCCUGAAGUCUUAAAGAUUUCCUUAAAAUGUUCACUGAAGUAUUAAAGGUUUUCUCCUUAUCUCCAAUCUGAUGCUCUUCACUAAAAUGAGAGCGCUGUUGUUCGAGGAAACAGAGCGUCCUAUUUCUACGUGAAUUAACGAACAGUUAAGUUAAUCACACGGUCACUCUGCUUGGCGCUCUGCUGCUCUGUCUCCCCGGUCAAUGUGCCCAGAGUGCGCAAGAGUGCAGUGCUCUGGAUAACCAAACGCUAACUUCAACAGUGCUCCAAAUUUAUGAAAGGUCCAGUUCGUGCCAGAGUGCACUCCAGCGUUUUCCGAAUGCACCCUUAGUUAAACCACUGUGUUAAAGACCUUAGGUAUCACAAGCAUGAAUGCAAGCAAACAAAGAAGUUUAUGUUGUAAUGCAGCAAAUGUAAAGUUAAUGUUUUUCCUUAAAUAAGGAAAUCUUUUAAGGGAUUCUGUGCAGCAUAUUUAGGUAAGUCCCUAAGCUAAGCUAAGCUAAGGAGAAAUUAAGCCUGUCAUACUUAAGGAGAAAUCUUAAGGUGUUUUGUGCAACCGGUCCCUGUAUUUUUUAUUUUCAUUUUUUUAACUGUAGAUGUUCCUUUGUAUUUUUCAGGGUGUAGUUGAUCCUACUAAAUAGCCCAUAUGACUUAGUAUCUUAGAAUAAUGACUUUACCUUGUAUUUUUGUCAUUCCUUACAUUUCAGGCAGGUAUGGGCAUCCAUUCAUCCCUGAUUGGUCAGAGGGUGUGAAUUGAUUUCAGAUAGCCACACCUCCUUGAUGCAAUAUUCUCACUGGCAUUGUGAAUUAAUUCUUACAGUUGGAGCGCUGCUGAUUUGAGUUCUUACAAGUCUACAGCUUCUGCUUGUUGGAGUAUGAAUGUUCAUUACAAAGAAAGUGCCAAUACAAAGUUUCCAUUUAAAGAACUUACUGUCCCAAAAUUUCAAGAAACAAUACUUAUCUUUCAGUUGUAGCAAGUUUCCAUAAACAGGAUAAUGUAAAAUAGGGUGCAAAUAGUUCAUGCAAUUAUUUUUCAAUAACAACAUUGUGGAUUAUGUUUCUGAAUACAGAAGUUUGUUAAUCAUAAUGCUAAUCCCAAUUAUGGUUUGUGUUUAGGCUUGAGAAUAAGAGUUUUAAACUGAAAUGGCAUGGCAUUAGCAGAGGGUUUGUGAGGAGAACUUACUGAUGGUGAGGUUUUGUUCCAAAAUUAUAUCAGCCUAUUGCUGCCAUCAUCACAAAGAAAUCUGCACUCAUUAUACUGACAAAAUGGCUUAGUUUCUUGUUAUUACUACUUACCAAAUUAUUCAGUUUUAACAAAAACAUUUGUCACUUUAUCUUGACAUAUCAAUGAACUGUUAUCUGUACAUGAUUUCAGUAUUUAAUUGAAACGAGAGAGCUUUUUUGUGAUAACAGAAUACAGACUUCACUCAUUAAAACAAUGUCUAUAUUAUGUUAUGAGAAAUGACACAAUCGGAUCCUUAAAAAGAAGACACUAGCCUACACCAGUUCAUUACCACAUAUUAAAAUAGCGUACAGCUACAUGACAAACCAUGACAUCCUGGUCAUAAGGUUAAAAAACAGUAAUACCAAACCACAUUGUUUCUGCCCAACCAAAACCCAGAUGGAGCUCUGAGUUGAUCAGAAUGUUAAUAUGCUCAUCUGAGUCACCUCCAGUUAUUACUAUGCACUCACAGCAAAUAAGCUUUACAAGCAAUAGUGAGUGAAUUACAGACUUUUUUACACCACUUUUUGCCCCUCAGGCAACAUGCAAGCUGUUCUGCUUUCUUGGUGGAGGUUGUUAGGGCUGUGUGCAGAUUCAGGGUUGAUGAAAGCCACCGCCAGCUCCUUUUGCAUUUUUUGGGUAAAUCAUAAAAUGCAUCCGGUUUUAUUUAAAGACAAUUCUCAUUUAAGGAUGCUAGAACUGAUCGCAAAUCAAAGAUAAUGCAGUAGAAGACAAAGCUUUUUGUAGUAAAGACAAAUAAAAUUGAGUUUAAAUGGUCAUUGCUGAUACUAUGAUAACGAUAAUAUGAAACCGUAUCUACACUCUUAUGUGUAAUAACAACCUGGUGUCAUUUCGAAGUCAUUCAAAUCUGAUGCUUGGGCAGUGACUUCAGGCAUCAGACACCGCCGAAAAAGCCUUCCUUAAACGGCGACAUGAUUUGUGGUUGGUCGCCGGUAUAGUUAAAUGGUGGCAGGGGGAGAUACGCAGCGGGGCAAGCAGGGCGAGGAAACACCGACUUUCACCAGGGAGAGCGGUGUUUGUGUUCUGUAAGAUUCUAAGGCCAAAACCUGUUGUUUUUUUCCAAAACCCACCCACAUCCGUUAGUUGUUAAAGGAAAAAACAAACAAAAAAAACAUCAAUUCGUGAAGUCAUACUGUGCUUUUAUUUUGAAACAGACUAUGUAAAUGGUUAAUUUCCUGUGCAAACAGAAGUGUAUUUUGAGGGCCUCACUCCGAAGUCAUCCAAAUGCGGCACUUGGGCAGUGACAUGCAGUGAUAGAAACCAACGAAAAAAGGCGUCCUUUAACAUCGGCAUGAUACGCUGCCAGUUGCUGUUAUAGUUUAAUGGCGCCCGGCUGCGUCAGUGGGAAACGCGGCGGGACAGGGAUAAAAGUUAAGGCAGCAAAAGCCCGACUAGGGCAGGUGGAGGGGUGGUGACCGACUUUCACCCGAGAGAGUGGUGUUUGUGUCCCGUAAGAUUCUAAAACCAAAUCCUGUUCUUUUUCGUAAACCUAACCACGCGUGGUUGUUGUUGAAAGAAAAAAGAAAAAGUCAAUUCGGGGUGUUGUACCGUGCAUUUAUUUUGAAAGAGACUGUAUGUAAAGUUUAAAUUUACUGUGAAAAUGUAAGUUUAUUUUGAAAGUCACAGCGUCCCAGAACGUCAACAACCAACGCACCCAGGGUACCUUGCACGUACUUUCUAGACGUGGAAGUCCAUGACCAAACAUCGAUAUGUGAUGAAGUCAGAGUGAGAAUGUGUUGGUAAUAACCAGAAAGCUUCUUGAAAAAGUGAUAUAUUGUCAUAACAAACAAGAUUCCUGUUGAAAUUUAAUCAUUUGGUAUGUAGUAUAAACAAGAAUAACAUGUCAUCGUAAGAUAAUAAUACACUAUUAUAACUAGGUUUCUUAUUGGUGUAUUAAGGAAACUGAGCAAUGGUGACAACAACAACCUGCCAGACAGAGUCAUCACUUUUAACAACUCUGUCACUAUUGUUACGUUCCCUGAUCAGGCUCAGAGGAUGAGGGAAGUAACAAUAACACUGAAAAAGGCAAGCGGAGAUGGGUGUUUAAACAAAAGUUAUGGAUUCCACACAUUCAUUGAAGCCAUUAUCAUUAUCAGUUCAAUAACAAUUAACCCUUAAACUUUUUGAAGGUUGUCCUGGCAUGCAAAACAUCAAUUAACAAUCAAGUAAAAUUGGACAUUUGCAAGCCAGAAAUGUUUCAGUGGUUAUAUGUAAAAAUCAGUUUUGCAGCAUAUCAAGAUAAAUGUUUAUUUGUACUAGAUUCAUUUAUCUGCCUUGCAAUGACAUACUUUUUUACUAAUCUCUUAAAUGUUAUCAAAAUUAACGCUACAUUUAUAAAGUGAAGAAUAUGUGAUUAUUUAAGAUAUAGACCUAAAACAGACCUAAUCUUACAAAAAGAGUUGGUACAGGGUUGCAUGUUUUAAAUCUAUGCCUGUGUUGAAUCUUAUUUUGAAGUACUUAAAUUCCACAAAAUACGCUCAGACAAUGCAGAAAUCUUGAAUUUGAAAAUGUGUCCUUGUGUUGGAACCAGAACGGUACAUGUCAUAUGACUGCAGUUUAUGGUGCUAUGUGUAGCAAUUAAUCAGUUUACUGUCGGUACAGCGUUUUAGAUUCCCCCUUCUCCCUUCUCCCUUCCUGCUCCAUGAAAGACAUGACAAAAAAAUAGGGGACAACAGCGAUGUCCCAGUUCAGCAUAGGUCUCCUCUUGAGUCUGCAGUUUGAGUCCAGAUGUGUUGUAGCGGGCCAACAAGGCAUGCCCCAUUCCAGAGGUUCUUCCAGACUGAGCCUUCUUGGCCAUUGCAGCUUUGUUUUUUUGAGAUGUUGGAAAACAGUGUAUCCUUUGCUCUCUACAGAAACCCGUCCAUCACAUACAAGCUAUUCAACAUAAAUGUGCCAUUCUGCUUGUAUGGGCAUGUGCAUUUAAAUUUUAUUUCUAGUAUAUUUAUGCCUUAAAACAUUGACAAACUUGGUACAGUUAGUUGAAAGAAAAUGGUUUCCAAUAUAUCCAUUGGUUUUGACAACUAUGGUAAGAACUACAGUGCUUCGUAAAGACUGUCACUGAUAAGGACCCUGAAUGUUAAGUGAUGUGAAACAAUAGGUAUUCAACAACAUUUUAUAAAUUGGUCCCAAAAUUGAAUUUACAAUGAGGGAGACAGUUUCAUUCUUGACCUUGGGAGUGAUGGUUUCCAUAAAAUAAUCUUAACUCACGGUCCAAUUACUAGCUUUUUCCGAGGAUUUUGAUCUCUAGUCGUCAUCUGCAGAUGAAUGGUGCUCAGUUGACAUGGAGUUGGCUUAGCUGUCAUCAUGGGACCUAACUUGAAGCAGAACAUCGAUCAGCAGAUGGUGAUACUUCAUGGAUUGUAAGAAUCCAAACAUAAUACCAGGAUGGACAUUGCUAAAUCAAUGGGGACCACUUCAUAUUCACAUCCAACACCAGAAACCUUGCAGUGUCAGACAAAUGGCUGUUUGCUACAAUGGGGCAUUUUUCAACCUAUUGAGGCUUUGGAAUUAUGAGCCGUCCCAACAAUGGCAUGGCACCUUAUAGACAAGUUUUAAAAAGACUUACAUCAACGAAAUCACUGAGUGUUACUAAGUAUGUCCAAGAAAGCAAAGGAGAAGGGAACCUUACUACCCACUCUGAAUGAGGCUCUAAUUUAUCAUAUUCUCAAAAAGGAUAAACUGGCUUCUGACUGUAAAAGUCAUAGACCCAUAUCCCAUCUCGGAUAAGACCUAAAGAUCUUUUCAAAGGUCUUGGCUAAUCAAUUUCAAUUUUAUUUAUAAAGCCCAAUAUCACAAAUCACAAUUAGCCUCAGAGGGCUUUACAGCAUACGACAUCUCUUUGUCCUUGGACCCUCACAGCGGAUAAGGAAAAACUCCCCCAGAAAAACUUUAAUGGGGAAAAACUGUAGAAACCUCAGGAAGAGCAACUGAGGAGGGAUCCCUCUUCUAGAAAGGCCAGACGUGCAGUAGAUAGCAUGUGUAGACUGAUCGAACUGAUGAAAUUAUAACAAGUAUAAUCUUGAUAAAGUGGGUUAUAUUAAUUCGAGAAGCUUUGCAGACAAUGUCAGACGCCUUCUCAAUAUUACAUUGUUCUCUCUGAGCAAGAACUGUCCUAUGGCAGCAAUCUCAUUGGAUGCAGAGAAGGCGUUCAAUAGAGUCCAGUAACGGUAUCUGUUCCUCACUCUUGAACAUAUGGAUUUAGCCCAAAAUGCAUGACCUGGAUUGUAAGUCUCUGUUUCUACAAUGGCCCAUUGUUUGAGAUUGUUUGGAGGAAUUGCCCCCACGUAUCCUUCCUAAUUAUCAGGUAGCUGAAGUUUCUGAAAAUCCUAACUCUCUCUGUGACAACUGAGCAAACUCUGCAGAUGAAGACCAAGAAAUGUGUCCAAACACCCUUGAAAAAGCUCAUAAACUGAGAGUGUCUUAUUUGAUGUUUUGGAAUCCAAGGUAUUUGGGAAUGGUUUAACAUCUGUGGACAGACUGUUGCUGUGUUGUACUGUACAUUUCUUCCUUCAGUUUGUGAAGUCUAUGUUUGUUCCUGUUGUCUUUAGUCAGCUGUUGUCCGUCAGAGUCGGUCUUUGUGUAUCUGUUCUGAUCAGAAGUAAGCACAAAACUAAAUGUCAGUUUCGGUGAACUUCUUCUCGUUGGUGUUGUGUGGUUACUCCAGUCCUUCAGAAUUAAUGCAGUUUACCGUUUACUGUAACCAUUUGCCUUCACUUGAUUUCACUUUCAAGGACAGAUUUCUUUAAGUCAGAGACUGCAGACUAUACGAUCAUCUCAGUCAUGACAAAUCAACACAAACAUCCCUAUUCAAUCCAAGCUGCCAGUGCAUGCAUCAUUCCCCUUUAAUAACACUGUGUACACUAAUGUUCCCGGCAGCGGGUGAAGAGAAAAUUGACGCUGUCAUUUUCUCAAAUGGCCUGCCUUCCAUCACAGCAGCUGGAACAUACGACCAGAGAAAUCCAAUGAAAGCCACUUGAAAGACAAGAUUGAUAUGUGAAGGUACAGGAAAUUAGAUUUUCACUGAAAAAAAAAGCUCAUUUCAUACAUACUGACUACUUUAAAUAAUGACCUAAAGAACUCCUGCACAAUGAAAUGUUGGAUACUGGGUGUUGCUGAUAUAUUGUGAAAUUUCCUCUCAGUUCAUGUUUCAAUUGUUUGUCAUAGAAUUUGUACAAUUAUGGUUGUUAAAAUGACGUCUUAGGGGAUAUGCAACGAGAAUACGUAGGUACACUAGAUCACAUGUAAAUAGGAACGUUGAUGUUGUGUGAAAAUACUUGAAAUCCCUUUAAUUAGUUGUUCUUGAAUGUGCUGAAUCCCUUAGCCUUGUCUUGUAGAGGCGACCUCAUACUCCUCAUGACAGCAUCAGGAUAGACUAUAAAGUGCAUGUACAAUGUAAUGAAGCACAGUGUAGCCAAGGACCUGAGAGUAUUUCUAAGUGCCUGAAUACUUCUCUCACCAUUUUAUUUUUUUAUUUACAUCUUCUGUCUCCACCUCUGGUCUUUGUUCUAAACGCAUAAGCCUCUCUUAGUUUAGGAUACUCACUAUUUAGUGGAUUUGCCGAUUUAGGUUUAUUUUGCAACUUAGAAAAACACUGAAUCAACCAUGCUGAUGUAAAGAGCUGUUCAACUAAAUUAUACUGUACCAUAUCACAGUUUUCCGUGCACGACAGGGUGUGAUAGACUAACACAGUGGAGGAUAAAAAUGUUAGCUCUGACUAUCAUGGUUGUGUUGUAAUGGCAUGACAUACAGAAAAUGAAAUAAA